GAGUCCUAUGCAAACAAGAUUCGGUUGAUUGUAAGUGCCCGUAUUGUAAACAAAUAUGCAAAUGCUUCAUGUUGGCACCAAAUUGUGAUCGAUGGACAAUUCAAAAGAACAAGAUGAGAGUUUAGAGGAUCUAAUGAGAAAAUUUGCAAAUCGACUGGACCAGGACUUGGAGAAAAUAGAUCAAGAUUCAGCUUGUCAGUCCAGUGACCAGAGCAACAACCAUCCUGGUUCCAUGGAAACACAUACAGCGUCUGGGAAUGUGAUCACAGAAAAUGACACCGAUAAUUCUCUCUUGUCUGUAAUGACUGAAUUUGCUGAACAACUAGAUAAAGACUCUGUGAAACUCUCCAAUCAUACAGACCAACAAAGUGCAGCAAUUGAAACAAACUCUUCACUUGCCUCUUUCCUUAGUAAAGUGGCUGACAAGAUGGACAGGGAUGGUCAGUCGGAAGACCCAGCAUUUUCCAAAGAUCAUGAAUCUCAAGAAUUGCUACAAGAUAUGAUGAGAAACUUACACAGGGGAAUAAAACACAGCGAUUGGUUAAAGGAGAAUACUGCAGAAAAAUGGACGUCAGAUAAUCCUGACUUGGCCAAAGAAUUCAUGGAAGCUGCAUCUAAAGGAAAUCCAUCUUGAUGAAGGGAAACGUGGGAAUUGAAUACGUUAAUAAAUUUUGAUGAAUUUAAAUAAAAUUUGAGUAGUAUGAUUAUCAGUAAUCAUGCAUGUAUAUAAUAACACUAAAGUUUUAUUUAUGAACUUCAGUAAUCAAAAUUUUAAUAUACCGGUACAUGUAUUAAAAGAUCCAUACAAUUUCACUGAAGUUAACAUUCAAUACAUGUAUGUUUUUCACAGGCAUUUAACUGACAUGUUUAAUUUAAUAUUGUAAUAAAAGAAUAAACUCCUUAGAUUACCA